AUGGCCAAAAAGUGCAAACAACCCAAAUCUCCUGAGGCUCCGCCCCUUACGCUGAGCGCGGUGCGGAAACCGGAAGCGGAAGUGGUGGCGGGAGUCGCGGCGCCUUCUCCCGGCCCCUACCCCGCGCCCGAGGCUUCCUGCGGGCGCCGCGGUUCCUCCGAGAGCCUCUGCCCUCUCCGCCCGCGCGAGUCGGGGCCGUGGCUUAGGGUCCCCGACCCUUUCCGUCUUCAUAAGAGGCAAAUCGAGACAAGGAUGCUGGCUGGGUUACUGAUGGAUUCUUCUCAGCACUUAGUGACCUUCGAGGAUGUGGCUGUGGCCUUUACCCAGGAGGAGUGGACUUUGUUGGAUCAACCGCAGAGAGAUCUCUACAGAGACGUGAUGUUGGAGAAUUACCAGAAUCUCAUGACACUAGGGUACAGAUCAUGCAAACGUGAUGUCAAUCCUGGAUUGGAAGGCACAGAAGAGAUGAGGACGGGAGCGAGAGGAGUUCUGCGGGAAUUGGAUUUGCAAGUGAAAACCAAAGUUUCCACACCCCUUCAAGAUAUUUCUGUGGAAAAAACGUCAAAUGGAAUGCAAUUGGAGAGAAGCAGUUCUGGAGUGGAACAAUAUGGCUCUAACCUGUGUGGAAAAAUAUUUGGUGAACACUCGUUUCUUAUGGUUCACCUUAGACAGAAAACUUCUAAGGAUAAUCAGAAUAGAAAAGCCUUCAAAAAAAACUUUAUUCCUACUUUGUUCAAGGAAAUCCAUGUUGGGGAGAGACCUUCUGAGUGUGUUCAAGAUGAAAAAGCCUCCGGUCAGCUUUCAGAUCUUACUGGGCACAAGAAAACUCAGACACCAGGGAAACUUUGUGAACGCAAAGAUUGUCGGAGAACUUUUGUUGAUCAGUCAUCCCUUAAGGUACAUACAAGCCACCACACUGGCGAAAAACCAUAUGAAUGUAAAGAAUGUGGGAAAGCCUUCACUCAUUCCUCAUACCUUGCAGACCAUAUAAGAAUUCACAGUGGAAACAAGCCCUAUGUAUGUAUGGAAUGUGGGAAAGCCUUUACUCGAUCCACAGGACUUAUUUUACACAUACGAAUUCACACUGGAGAAAAACCUUACGAAUGUAAGGAAUGUGGAAAAGCCUUUAUUCAUUCUUCUUAUCUUACAAAACACAUAAGAAUUCACAGUGGAGAGAAGCCAUAUCUCUGUAAGGAGUGUGGGAAAAGUUUUACUCGUUCCUCAGGGCUUGUCUUACACAUGCGAACACACACUGGAGAAAAACCCUACAUCUGUAAGGAAUGUGGGAAAGCCUUUAAUAAUUCUUCAAUGCUUAAUCAACACCUAAGAACACAUACUGGAGAGAAGCCAUAUGAAUGCAAGCAAUGUGGGAAAGCCUUCACUCAGUCUUCAGGCCUUACUACACAUUUAAGAACUCACACUGGAGAAAAGGCGUAUGAAUGUAAAGAAUGUGGGAAAGCCUUUGCCCGUUCCACAAACCUUAAUAUGCACAUGCGAACGCACACUGGAGAAAAGCCGUAUAAAUGUCAAGAAUGUGGGAAAACCUUUAGAUACUCCACAUGCCUUAAUAUUCACAUGAGAACUCACACUGGAGAGAAACCAUACAAAUGUAAGGAAUGUGAGAAAACUUUCACUCAAUCUUCAGCACUUGCUAAACAUCUGAGAACUAAGGCAUGUGAAAAAAACCUGUAAAUGAUCUCAGACCUUAGUAUUCACAUCUAAACUCAUCUGGAUAAAGACCUUAUGAAAUUAAAGAAUGUGAGAAGGCUUUACUCAAUUUUCAUCCUUACAUGAUAUGUGAGAACGUACCCCAGGGGAGAAUUCGCAUUUGUAUAAGGUAUAUGGGAGAGCAGUAAUUGUUCAUAGCUUACAGAAUGUGUAAGAACUCACACUUGAGAGAAAAACCUUCUGGUUGUAAGGCAUGUGGGUAAGCCUUUUUGUUUUUGUUGUCCUAAGUUUGAUUUUAUGCAUCUGAAGUUACUGCAAAAGCCAUGUGAAGGUAAGAAUGAGAUACAGCCUUAAAAUAUUUCACAUGUUUUAAUAGCACAUGAUAACUUACACUGGGGAAAAACCAUCUGUAUGUAGGGAAUGUGGUAAAAUCUUUACUUAUUGUUGAGGGCUUACUAUCCACAUAAGACAUUGUACUGGCAUAAAACUCUAUGAAUGUAAAGGAUAUAGGAAGACCUAUACUUGCUUCUCCUAUCUUAUAAGAACUUAACAUUUAAGAACUCACA